UGGUUAGAGCACCCGUUUAGUAAGCGGGAGGUCCUGAGUUCAACUCUCAGUGAAAGCAUGUUUUUUUCGCUCGCAUUGUGGGCCGGCAUUAUUGGUGCAGUGGUUAUUCUUUUUUUUUUUUCCUUCGCAACAGUUGAAUAUUCCUCCUCAUCCGGUGGCAGUAGCUCCCAUUUUUGCCAUUGUGUGGAGGCGAGGGCAUCUAGGGCUUGGGCGCGGCGCUGCCGCUUCAUCGAUCAUCCACUCCGCGAUCACAGAUCUGGCGAUUUUCUCGUGGCGAGCAUGGAAAUCUGCGCAAGAAAUCUUAGCACUGUCCAACAGCCCUUGGCGGCGCUCAGUAGCAUGGAGACUAACGAAAGGAGGAGGUUUAGACCAGGAAUUUUUGUAGACAAGCUGGAAGACGAGGUCUUUUGUCCAAAGCCUCGCCGUCCUUGUAACUCGGGUCGUCGGCAAAAGAGCUCAACACCUCGUAGUAGUGACGCGGGAUUCGAAAUCCUGGACAUUUUUUUGAGUAAGAGUAGCUAUGGCGAGCCAUCGAACUUUGGUUGCUCUCCACCUUAUUUUUCCGGCUCACCACCGACGCGAGCAGGCAAUCCCCUGGUUCGCGAUGUACAGUUUGGUCGCCAAAGGCCACCGCCCGCCAUAACUCCGUCGUCAACAACACCAUCAACAGGAGGCCGUUCACAGCAGACUGCUCACGCUCGAGAGGCUUCUCGUGGAUCCAGCCCCUGCAUCCGAGUGGAAGGUUUUGCUUCCACUGGUGCGGACAUCGUCUCAGCCAUCGCUUGAGCGAAAACAAUUCUUUCGGAUCGAUCGUCGCCGAAACUCCAUCGACUACUUAUACAGGUGUGUGUCCUGGUCGAGAGGUGUGAGAAGCUGUUUUUUUCUUCCUCUUUUUUUUCACUUCCAUUUUUCUUCUUCCAGUUUGUUUUUUGCUUUGUUUUUCCUUGCUUCCUUCCGGGCAGGAACAGGCAGUGAGAGAGAUCAUCCAGAUUGAGAAGCAGCACAAUCAAAGACCAUCGUGCUGUGCUCGGCGAGAAAAAAUUUUGGCCGGAACUUUGCCAGAGAGAGAAUUGAGAGAACAAUCCUUUUUUUUUUUGCUUUCUAGUGUACAAAGAAGUGAGUGGUUUUGACAGAUUUUUCGUUUUUCCCGUUAUUUCUUCUGCUGAUGUACAUGAAAUUCUAUGUAAUUAAACUGACUUGUGGUACUUGUGAUCAA